AUGGCCGGUGAUGACCUGGAUGUACCCUCACGUGCCCGCAUGAACCAGCGUAUGGAGAUGCUUAUUGAGGAGAUGACUCGGCUGGUGGAUGAGCUGGAGCAGAAGAUCCAGGAGCAGAAACGUGCAACCUGGACAGCCCUGCUCUUUGCUGCCUUGGGGCACUGGCAAUUCUGGCUGAUCGCUGGCAUCCUGAUCUUCCUGGUUGUCGGGCUCCGCUGGUGCUUCAGGAGAAGAAGCCAUGAGCUCGUGCGCCUGAAGCCCCCCCGUGGGCACACCUUCUGCCUGGAGCCAGGCACCGUGGCAAACGACUCCCGCAUCCGUGUCGAGGUGGAGUGCACAUGCACUGCUCAGGAGAUGGUGGGGCCCAUGCUGUGCUUCCUCCACGACGCCAAGGAGGAGCUGAGGAAGUAUCAGAAGCCCAGCCUCCUACACACCCUCUGCACCGACUCCUAUCUAGAUGUGCAGAAAACUGCUCACUGGUUCCAGAAAUUGGUGAGGGAAAGCAAGGCAAGCAUGCGCGUGUUCCAUUUCUGUUACUACGUUCUGACUGUGCUGCCCUCCAGCCGCUCUUGCAAAGUGGAGAUUAGAGAUGUCCUUGGCAGAACCAUCCUCGUUGAGAUGAUGUUUGGCGUGCAGCUGGGCGACUCGGACAUCUUCAUGAGCAGCCAGGCUAGUGAGGAUAUCUUCACCCCAAGCACAACGUGGACAUUGAGCUGCAGCUGGGCAGAGGCAAAGUUCUUGUGGCUGAUGUUUGAUCAGACCCCAGACGACAGCUUGCUCAGCUGCUUGCAACUCUGCACCCGCAUGGUGGCAGGCACAGGCUUUUCCAGCUAUACCUUGAAGACAGUGGUGAUGCACCUCCUGACCACCACACCCCUGUCAGGCUGGCACAGGAGGGAUUUCCUGCUGCGGCUGGAUGACAUCAUGCGGUACCUGCGCUGCUGCUUGGAGGAGAAACGCCUCAACCACUUCUUCUUUGGUAAUGAGAAGAUUCGAGAAAAGUCCAAGCCAUUGAACCUCUUCCAGCAUCGGGCGCAGGAUCCGGCUGCCCACGCUGAGGCAAUGCAUGAGUUCAAGGAGCUGCAACAUCGGCUUACAACGCAGCUCUUCUUCUCGGGGCACUGA